AUGGCGGCAAUGACCAUACCAGCAGCACCUGCGAAGGCAAGGUGGGCUGCGCCGAGCGACAUGGCACCGUUGUUAUCAACGGUUGGGCUGACUGACGACGACGACGAAGUGCCAGUAGGUCCCGAGGCAUCGGUUGUAGUGGGCAAGGUGGUGGUGGUCGAUCCAACACCAGUGGGCAUGUACAUCAUAGUCGAGUUGAAGGACGCGGUAGCGGAUGCGGUAGCAGACUGGGUGGAGGUCGAAACCUUGGAGAUGGUGAUGGUCCUGGUCAUUGAUACUGUUGACGUCUCAGUGCUGGUGUCGGCGACUGCCAAAAGAGGCAGAAGCGCAAUGGCGAUUAUCGCUGGUAAUUGCAUUGUGUCGAUAUGUCGUAAUUUCGUUGUAUAUCCAGGUGCAAAUUGCGUCUUAGUCAAGGAGUGUGGAUCUGAAUACUCGAUACUCAAGUUCGUUGCGAAUGACUCUGGAACGUCUGCGAGCGGGAGGGACUUUGCCAACGAAGUCCUGUUGAUGAAGGGUGAAAAUGAGCAAUGA